GUUUUGGAUUGGUGAGGGGGAAGGGUGGGGAUGUUUGUUUAGCCAUGUUGGUUUAGCUAAAAUAAAUAUUUUUGGAGUUACCGUUGUUUUAUAUUUUAUUAAAAUACUCGGUGGUUCCCGUAAUUUUUUUAGCCUAUUAACUGGCUGUACUAUUCAACUGAAUUUUACUUGUCGGUGGAAGAGUACUGCCAGUUAAUGGGUUCACAAGAGACACUGGCUGAUAGUUUUGUUAUCCCAUUAACUGGCAGACUAAAUUCCACUUGUGCAGAGUUAAGCGCAGUAUAAUGCUAAAAGUGGGCGCAUUGCCAGCUAAUGCAUUGGCUCAGAUUAAUUAGCUUGUAAUUUUCCUGCCUAGGAUUGGAUGAUUCCUCAGCAGGACCUCGUUUUCACCAAAUGUACACCUUAACUAAAAAAAUUCAAUUCAAUUAGCCUUUCUCACGCCGCCAUUUUUGAGUGGCUUUUCAGCUGAAGUCUGCGAGAUAAGUCCACAAAAAAGAUUGACAGACGUUAAAUGUCAUAAUGAAGUGUUAAUAAUGUACAUUUUCCUUGUGUAGUCCAAAUUUCUUCCUACUGUGAACCAGUUAGACGUUUGAUAUUCUAUCUCUCUGAAAACGACAGAGUUCCUGUUCCAGCCAUGCUUUUUUAUUAGUUCCAGCCAGAACCGGAACUCUGAAAAAUCAGGGUUCUGGCCAGGACUAACCUGUGCACCCCUAUGCUAGGGUACUGUAAUUACAGUACAGUAGAUCAUUUUACACCACUUGACUAAUUAAAAUUAAAUAAUCAUUAUGAUGGUUUAAGUCUACUUUGUAGACUAUUCCAUUGUACUGUACAUAGUUAAAUAAAUUUACUUUACUUUAGUAUUUACUAACAAAUAAAACAAAUGUUCCCAACAAUGGCAGGAUAUGGCUUAAACUACCUGUACUGUCAAAUGUUAUUUUCUACUGUAUGUCCCAACUCAAGACAAUGUUUCGUCCUUGAUUGCAUUGGCAAGAUCCUUCAUGUUAUCUCUAAUGUCCUGGGGUUCUGCUAUCUCGAAAUCCACAUCUAUGCAAAUGCAGUCCUCUCUGUUUAUCGGAGGGUUUUUGAAGCAGAACACAAUGAGUUGUUUGUUGUUUUCAAAAAUGAUGCCUUUCUUCAGCGACUCUAGGUCAUAAUCUUUCAGCAAACAGAUGAGAAUAAUGUGACCUUUGUUUAGUUGUUUUGAUACCCAUGUUUCAAUACUAUUUUUCUCAGAUUCUGGAAACAGACCCUCGUCCGGUACCUUUGAAAACUUGAAGUCACUGUCGGACUGUUGGUCAAGUUGUGGAGGAUUGGUGAUGGCCAUGCUGCUUGGUGGUGGGUAUGCAUUCAGCGCUCUACAAAAGUGUAUCAUUUCCGGUCGUUGAGGUUUAUUGUGUAGAACUAGUAAGCUCACAUGUUUUGUUGAUCCCUUUGGCUUUCUUGUUUUUGCUGCCGCCUGAGAUUUGGUGUCGUCUUUAACUGCCGCCUGAGAUUUGGUGUCGUCUUUAACUGGUUUAUUUCCCAUUUUCCUGUUUCAAAAAAGUAUAAUUGCGGUGAAUUUUUCGAAUUCACAACAACCGCAAUUGACAAGUAAAACCAUCAGUUGUUAGACAGAGUAAAACACUAGGGUGGAGACACUGGCAGAUAGUUUUGUUAACCAUUAAUUGUCGGUACCCUUAAACACUGCAAGUAAAUUUUCUGCCAUUACACAGAGUGAAACAUUAAAGUAGGUACAGUACUUCUGGGUGCAGUGCAAUUAGCUAAUGGGUUAGCACAUUAUUAACCCUCAAUGUGUCCUGUACACUAUUAUAUUACUUCAUCUAAUGCCAGAUGAUUUUAUUCAUCAAGAGAAGAAUGUUAGUCCAUUAAUGCAAAUUUCAAAUAAUUGCCAUAACCAACUCAUGCUAUUCAAACCCAUUGAAGCUUUACAUCCUAACUGAUUUUAUUGAACGAAAAAUGCCCAUUAAGCUUGGGAUUUGAUUUAUACACUUGCUCUGAAGUUGGUAUUGACAUAUAGCAACACAGUUGCAACACCAUUGUGUACAUUGUACCAAUAGAAGCUUACUGUAUGCUCCGCUGUCAAUGAUUUGUUUGAUUGAAAACAGUCAAUGGUUAUAACGGAUUCCUGAAGUUCAAUUAGGAAUUUUGUACAAUUUGUUAUUGACCAUCUUAAAACAUAUAUUGUGACAUUUGAGAGGCAAUUGUGUGCGUUUCACUUAACAUACCCUGUCAUUUAAGGAUAAUAGUAUUUUAUUAUUUCGUAUUUAUACAUCGUAUAAGACACUUAAACUUCUUCAGAGAAGCAAAUUACCUUCAGCGUUGAUAUUCGAUGCGUAUAAUACAGUGAACAUUUAUAGGGGGUUAUAAUUCAAUUUAGCACCUCUUACCUUUCACCUGAACCAAAAUAUGAAUUAUACACCUCUAUAUAGCAGAUAAAGGACCGUUAAAAUCCUUGUUAAAGAAAUUCAUGUAAAGUUUGCUUAGCCUUGAACGAAGCUAAGAAGGCGUUGUUCAUGGAGCGUCUUACAAGGACCUAAUAGCUCGAUGACGUCACGAGUAUUUUGAGCCCACGUUAUACAUUUUCGCGGUGCGCUUUUUUCAAUUUUUGAAUUGUGCACCAGGUUGAUAUGCGUAUCGUGACGAGUUUUACGCAGUCAAUCCAGUCAUGAAAAUGAAAUAAGUCCCUACGCAGCGAGCGAGCCUGAACCUGAAGCGAGCCGCGAGCGAGCAAGGCAGCAGAUCCUAAUUUUGUUUUGUGGGUCGAAAUCAAAAUUUUCUAUUUCGCGCAUUGCAUGACGGUACCCGUGAUCUUUGGUCUUCUCAGUUAUUGAAAGCCAUAGCUGGCUUAAAGUGAUCAAACGGCAUUUUGUUGGGUGCUUUUCGCAUUAUACGGCGGUGCUUUCGGCAUUAUACGCGGUGCUUUCGCCAUUAUACGCGGUGGUUCCAGCAUUAUACGCGGUGCUUUCGUCAUUAUACGCGGUGCUUUCACUAUUUAUAUACGCGGUGCUUUUGCAAUUAUACGCAGUGGUUCGAGCAUUAUACGCGGUGUUUUUAACAUUAUACGCGAUACUUUCAUUCAACAUUAUUUCCACAUUCUUUCCAUAACAUGUAUAUGAUUUAACGAUUGCUUAAAUUUGGUAUGUCGUUGACAAAUGCUUUUUGCCUCUGGUCUGCAAUGACAAUGAGUGAAUGACAUGCUUUAAAAAGGUUUAUUUAUGCACUUUGUGAGUUCUAUAUAUAUUAUCAAAUAGUGUUGAUUUAUUAGUAAUAAAUCUGUGUAUAUAUAAAUGAAUAUAACCAUAACGCAGCGAAUGCGCCAAGCAGUAUAAACGCGGCUGAAAUACGAUAUUAAAAUCUUGAAUGUGCCGUAUGAUUUAAUUAUGUUUUAGGAUUUACAAAUGCUCUGUCAAGACUGUCAUUUGUAUUUAUACUUGUAGUUGUAGUACUGCAUCACAAGGCAGUACGUAAGUGAACAAAUUCCACAUGUGAGGUUAUUUUGUAUAUAUUUUUGCCUUCUUUGAUAAACAUUAUUAUUAAACACGCAAAUUUAGUGAGACGCACAGUCUCACAUGUUAAAUGUCACCUGCAUGUCAUUGUCAUUGCCCUUUUAACCCUGGUCUAAUUGGCCGUUUUUGAAAAUGUUGAUGUAUAAAUUAUGGAUGAUUCCAAUUCAUUACAAUACUAUACCAAUUAGACAGCAUUCACUACCUUGUGGGUAAACUAGUUACAUUGAUAGUUUGAGGGCCUUCGCUCAAAACGUCGAGCCAUCCUCGAUAUGAAUGCCUCCCUCGAUACGAAUGCCUUCCUAAUUUAACAAAAGGCCUUUUAACGAAACUCGAUUUAAGUCCAUGAUACAUGAGGCAAUUUUUACUGCAACUUGUAAUGACAUUUUGGACACAGUGGGAUGUUAGAUGUACUGUAAAUCUCGUUGUACUUUGCCGAUAUUUUUCUUACUAAAUAUACAGUACGUCCUGACGUCCAGAAGGCGUAAGUGUUGGUGAAAUGACGCCAAAGAAAUGAACGAGUUCAUAUCCUAGGGGAGCGUAUCCUGCGUUCAUCAUUUUUUGUGCGCACAUCAUUUUUCUGUGCCCACAUUUCUACAUAACAUGGCAAGUUGUCACAAAAUUGGAUCGUUGAAAAGAUACCCAACAAUAGGCCUUCGUGCGAGUGUCACAAUUUCCAAUAUGACUUGCUGUGAUGGAAUAAAUCGCCAUGGCAUUGGAUUUGUUCCAGCAUCCUCAGGUUUGCGCGUGUAAGAUAGCAGGCAGUGCGCAAAUUUGUCACGUAUUGCAAGCGUUGUAUCCAAAGAAUCAGUUUAGAUAGUUGCUAAUGUUAUGGAAUUAGCUUGAUGUAGACCUUAAUUUCCAUUUGAAAAGUUUACAUCAAGUCAACCAGCAAAGGUAUUUCGUUCCGCUGUUAUGCAUUUGUUUUGAAGAAUCACAGCAAGGUAUAAUAUCAGACCUAUUUCACUAUAGCAUUGCCAUUGGUUUUCGAAGAUAACAUCUUAGUGAAUAGUGCAGUUACCUAGCAAAUGCAUAACUGCAAUAUAGAGUAUUUGGCAUCGUUAACUCAUUCAUGUGCAAGAUUCAACCCUUCUCAAAGUAAAAUAUCACUUCCUGAGUAUAUGGGGCAUUGAAGUUCAUUGAGUUAAUUCUUUUAGAUAUGAUGGCAAUGAAUUUUUAAAGUUGAAGAAAUGGAUUGGAUGACAGAUGAGAAUUUGGAAUUGACUAUGGGCGGUAGGAUAAGCAGAUGCAAACAUGAGGUUAGCAAAUCAAAACGGCGAACAUCCAACCAUUGCAAACAUAGUAUCGCAUCGAAAAGACAUGCUCGUAUAGAUAUUACUGUAGGUGUGUGCAAAUCCGAUCCGAAUCCGAUCGGAUUCGUUCGGAUUGCGGAACAAAAAUAUUCAUUUCGAUUGGAUCGGAUUGAUAAAGUUGUUUCGUAAUCGGAUCGGAUUGGAUUGGACUUCGAUAUUCGAAAUAAAAUGAAUUAAUUAUCCACGACAACGCGGUUGUCUCUGCAUUAAUCGUUUGGUAAUUCAAUUGGACGUCACUUUGUCAGCUUCUUGCAUGACAUGUAUUUCUUGCUUUUAUAUUUAUUUGGUUAAAUAUUUCCACUUGAAUGAGAAAUUUAUUUUAUUAAAGGAUUCUUCGGAUCGGAAUUCUUUAUCAAAACUGGGAUCGGAUUCAGAUUAGACAUUUUCGGAUCGGAUUUUAAACAUUAGCCAAUUGUCGGAUUAUAAACGUCCGAUCCGAUGCACACCUCUAGUAGGCGUUUGUAUACAAACUUUGUAUAAGCUAAUGUUUUGACAUUUAUGGUCUGAUUUGCAAUGCAAACGGAUCUUUCGUGAAGAUGCAUCAUCCGUUUGUCGGAUUACAAAGACAGAUUAUUCAGACAAACUAACUAAUAUUGGAUAUAAGCCUUGAGACAUUUACUCGCAAGCCUAUAUACUAGCAGUGGUGGAGCAAGGGAAUAUUCCAGCAAGGGAAUAUACCGAACACUUCACUGGCUGCAAAUGUGCCGCUGCGCCAAUCUCUGCCUGGCAGACUCUUGGUUACAAUGCGGAAAUACUCUGAAUAAUCACUACUACAAUCUUGACUUGGAGAAACUGCUAUUAUUGUUAAUCAGGCAAACUAUUCGCUACAAUUAAUCUCCGUAAAGACCUUUGCUCGCAGGAUUGUAUUAUGGCAUUAAUUGCAAUGGUGGGUCCAGCCAGCUCGAGCAAAGGAGCACAGCAAACCUUGCGCCAACGCGUGCCUGGUAGGUUCUUGGUUACAAUGUGCAAAUAUUCUAAAUGGUUCUUGGGUAUUUGAACAAGUAAAAAAUUAGGACUAUAGCGACAACUAUAGCUCGACAUGAACAGCUCGACCUUUUUAUGUUGCAAAUGGUGGUCAAGCCACUGUUAUUAAAGUGAGAAAAUAAUGAUAAUUCUUUUUCAUUAUACAUGGUAGGUGCAGUGUAGUCGUGUAUAUGAAGGCAAACAUAUGGAUUUGAGAGAUGUAGUUUUAAAAUUUUCUUGUCCCUAUAAGAGUUAACAUUCCUGUGUUGACAACUAUCUGAUGCCCUGUAACACGUGGUGAAACCCAGUAAUGCCGAUGUGUGUGCCAUGUGCAAUACUGCGUGCAGAAAUUUGUUAAAGAAAAAUUUGUGAUACAAAAGACGAUUAAGGGAGUCUAUUGAGCACGUGUCCGUUUUUAUUUUUGUAUAAGUUCAGUUCAAUACUUCAAUGGUAUAAGUAUAUAAGAAUAAUAUAGAUCAGUGAAUAUAGGUCAGUGUUUGGGUAUUAUAUAGAUCAGUUUCGUCAUCCAGUUAUGUUUUGGGGGUCAGUUGAACUAAUAUUUCCAUCAACUACAUGUGAGAUCGCAAUUAAUGCAUCCAGUGUACACUUGGAUAUUAAGUUUUAUCAUCCAGUAAUAUGUUUUGAUCUGUGCUCUUGACAAUUAUAUCCAACCUAGCCUGCGUGUCAGGCUUUAUAUGCGUACAAAUCGUCAGCAAAAUUCCCAUUGGUCAGAAAUAAAUAGCCUUCCCUUUUAAGGUAAUGUCAAGUUGUUGUUUACGUAAUAGAGAGGUUAAGAUACCCCGGUUUACGGGUACGAGUAUCGCCAUUUUGCUUACCACCAUUUUUACCCGUGAUUUCUACCCGUUUCCCCGCGGUAAACCAUGGUUUACACGUAAAAGACAAACGGGUACUGGUGUAAUGGUGUUGUCUGUUUGCUAGUUGUGGGUUGUUUAAAUAGUAAAAAACUUCAACAUCUGUUACCCACAUAUGCUCAUAUGCUCAUAAAUAAUGCAACAGCGAAAGUUACCAUUCUCUGAUCGGUUUUCUCACGCCGGAAUAUCUUGUAUUUCUUAAGUUACAAGUCGUUCCCCGAUUUACGGGUACGGGUACGUGUUUAUCACCCGUACCCGUAAACUGGAACCGGGCCGGGGUACAUGUAUCUUAACCUCUCUAGUAUGAUAUUACGUACUUGUGGCUACAAUAAUUACUGACUUUGCUGUCUAUAAACACGGUCAAUAACCGUUCUUAUUAUUUAGUAUGUAAUUCCUGGCCGUAUUUCGAUAAUUUGGCGGAAAAAUUGACCGUUAUUGUCAUAUUUUAAAUCAGCUUUGAUAAUCUAAUUAACAGUCGCCGUUUGAUUGGUUGUUAUUUUCGUGCAUACAAAUCACUGUCCACUUGUUGACUCACGGAUCUUGCGAAGCAACAUCUGUUAGUCUUUAUGGUUCCUUGAAUGUGGAGUGGCAGUUAAACAAUGGGAAAUGACCAGCCUGCUUUGCGCGCACUGUUUGCCUGCAAAUCGGCCUUUCAGAACCGGAAAUCGGGCUGGAUCAGGCGUUCGUUCUUUUGACUUGGCAAAUGAAGCACGACAAAUUGGAGAAAUGGCAAAAUUCGCACGGUGCCCGAUUUGCAAAAACAACUGCAAACGUUAACUUAGCCUGCAUGGCAGGCGGUCUAAAAUAGGCUUGCCCAAUUUUAGGAACGGCCUGCCAUGCAGGGUAACGUUAACUGCUCUGAUUCUUUCUGUCACUUUCAUUUGAUCUUAUCCGUGAGUCUGCCCCAACGGCCAUUGUUAUUGAUUAUUGACUUCAGUAAUAAUGUAUUCACAGUGAUCUUCUCACUCUCCAUACUUACAAGUUACAACUACCCAUAUUUAUUUGAUUUCCAGGGGCCGGUUGUAUAAAAAAGUGAUUAAAAUUAACUAUAGUUAGUGGAAACGUCAUCCAAUAAGACGCGCGUAUUUUAGAGUUAAUCACUAUUUAACUACAAAAUAGUGACUAAAAAAGUGCCGGCCCCUGAUCCCUAGGGCCUUCACUAAUUCUAAAGGGAGCGUAAAAGUCAUUAAACUACCUCAAUCCUCCUUCCGGCCCUGCAUUUUAACUUUCAAUUCCACUGUGAAAUAGUGAAUAGUAAUAUUCACAGUGGUCUUCUCACUCUCCAAUGCCGGGCGGAAGGGAAUUUAGAUUGGGAUAAGAUUUUUUCCUUACGCACUUGCGCAGAGCCAAAGAAACCCAAAGAAACAACGGCCAAUUGAACACCACCAGGCAGAACAACUCGAGAUACCCGUCGUAGACAGUACAUGCAGUAUGCAGGUCUUUCUAAGUAUCCCCCUCUCGGAUCAGUCCACCAGAUAGCGAACACAAGGCCGUACGGCAUGCCGACGCGAAGGAGAACGCGCCAACGGCAAACAAACACCCCGCAAAACCAGCACACAAGCAAGCUAAGGGAAUAACACACAGCAAACAUAGCACACAUCCAGCUAAGGGAAUAGCACACAGCAAAAACAGCACACAAGCAAGCUAAGGGAAUAGCACACAGCAAAACAUAGCGCACAGCCAGCUAAGCCUAAAGGAAUAGCACAUAGCAAAAACAGCAAACAACGCAGCAAAAAAGCACACAACCAAGCUAAGGGUAUUAAUAGCACACAGCAAAUAAAGCACCCAGCCAACAUUGCGGGAAUAGCUAGCACACAGCGAAAAUGGAGGGAAUAGCCCACAACAAAUAUAGCACACAGACAAAUUGAGGGAAAUGGCACACAGCAAAUAUAGCACACAGUCAAAAUUGAUGGAAUAGUCGUACGUACACAGCAAAUAUAGCACACAGUCAAAGUGAGAGAAUAGCACCCACAGCGAAUAUCGCACACAGCCAAAAUUGACGGAAUAGCUCACAGCAAAAACAGCCGCACACAGCCGAAUAUGAGGGAAUAGCACACUGCAAAUAUAGCACAGAGCCAAAUUGGGGGAAUAGCCCACAGCAAACAUAGCACAAAGCCAAAUAUAGCACACAGCAAAUAGAGCACACAGGCAAAUUGAGGGAAUAGCACACAGCGAAUAUCGCACACUGCCAAACAUGAGGGAAUAGCACACAGCAAAUAUAGCACACAGCCAAAUUCAGGGAAUGGCACACAGCAAAAACAGCACACAGUCAAAAUUGAGGGAAUGGCGCACAGCAAAUUAUCAGACAGCCAAAAUUGAGGGAAUAGCAAAAAGCAAAAACAGCACACAGCCAAAAUUGAGGAAACAACAUAAAGCGAAAGCAGCACACAGCCAAAAUUGAGGGACUGAAUAGCCUGAUGCCCACAGCAAAUAUAGCACACAGACAAAAUUGAGGAAACAGCACACAGCCAAAAUUGAGGGAAUAGCACACAACAAAUAUAGCACAGAGCCAAAUUAAGGGAAUGGCACACAGCAAAUAUAGCACAAAGCCAAAAUUUGAGGGAAUAGCACACAGCACAAACAGAACACAACCAAAAUUAAGGGAAUAGCACACAGCAACUAUAGCACACAGUCAAAUUUAGGGAAUGGCACACAGCAAAUAAAGGACAAAGCAAAAAAUUGAGGGAAUAGCAAAUAUCAUAUAUAGCACACACGGCAAAUGUAGCACCCAUGCAACAAACUUGAGGGAAUAGCACACAGCAAAAUAGCCCACAGCAAAAUAGCCCACAGACACGAAAGGGGGUGUAGAGAACUGUACAGCAAAAGCCCCCAUGGCAGGCAGGUUCUAAGCUAACAGUCUAGCCAACCUCGUUCCCAGGCGCCUGGGAACGAGGUUGCGGUCUAGCACGCAGCAAUCUCGAAACCAGAGCCCGCAAUCCUCUGUGGAGGCUUGCUGAGGCUCUGGGAAACACCAGCGAAAGUCGGGCUCUGAUUGGUUGUUUUUCAAGUGCUAAUUAUUAUUCAAACUGUGGGUCUAUUUGGUGAUGCAAACAUCGUUUAAUUAAUAUAAAGUUUAUUUAUUUAUCUUUGUGUAUUAUGUUUAAACAUAUCAAUGAAACACACAGAUCAGAUGAAAGUUAUUUAUCGGUCACUUGAAAAUCAAAAAGUCGCGUUGUCGAAUCGCGUCCGGUGUGUCUGGACCACUGGACCUUUAAAGGCCUGAUUCCAUGAGCGCUUUUUCUCGGCGAAAUGCGAAACAUUUCGCACGAAAUGAAAUCGUGCAUGGGCAGUAAAGAUAAAUUAGGCUUCGCGAGAAAAAAAUUCGCUUCGCCAGUGCGUAGAAGGCAGUUCUACUCACUGCGAAAGCAAAUAAAGUGUGCAGAUUCAAUAGAAUCACUCGUGUACAGCCAUCCAAUUUUUGGCAGACACGAUUUCGCGCGAGGAAUUUCGCCAUCGUGGAAUCAGGCCUUAGAUAAUUUCGAAACCCAGCGUGCUGCACCCUAACAAAAAUCUAGCAGAUUUCUGAUUAACUAUCUUUGAUUUCUUGUGAUGUUACUCUGAGUGUAUAUCCACACCGGGCAAGCUUGAAAAAUAUGCCUGGCCACGGUGGGAAUCGAACCUACGACCUUUGGAAUACUAGCCCAAUGCUGUGCCAAGUGCCAACUGAGCUACGUGGUCUGGUCGAUUCGAGUAUGUGAUAUUUCGUAGUAUCAGAUAACAUCACAAGCAUCAUAUUCACCUAAGUACAUUACACCAACACAGAAAUUACGGUUACAGCUCAACAGCUGGUCUGUAGCUCAGUUGGUUAGUGUAGCUCAGUUGGUUAGAGCGCUGCACCGGAAUCGCAUGGCCGUAGGUUCAAGUCCUACCAGAGGACCUUGUGCUGCAUUUUUCGCAGUCGUUCCUGGUCAGGUCUUAAAAUGUAUAUAUAUACUCACUUGGAUUACAAACCCUAAGAACAGCAUUCAAAUAUUAAUACCACCAAGUGGGGUGCAAGAAACCAGAUGAUUGAAGAGCAUUGGGCUAGUAUUCCAAAGGUCGUACUCCGUCGUAGGUUCGAUUCCCACCGUGGCCAGGCAUAUUUUUCAAGCUUUCCCGGUGUGGAGUAACAUUAGAACCAUCAACAGAAAAUAUCUUUGAUUUAUUUAUACAAAAUGCAAAUUAGUAAUUAAAUUAUAAAAAUUAUCCAAAUAUCAAAAUAUUUAUUGACCUCAUCUUGGAUUGCUAAUUAAAAAUCUGCUAGAUUUUAGCAGAUCACGUGAUCAGCGUCUAUGCCGUCAUGAAAUAUGAUGUGUUUGAGAUCAGAUGUACCCUCCAGUUAACAGGAUAACAGCUGAGGUCAGUGUUCGAGCAGUUAAUUUCAUGCACGUCCAGUCAAUUCAAGAUCAGUGACUCGGAAAACAAAUCGAAGAAACUCGAAUGUCAAAGAAUGUAACAAUUAUGCUCAAAUAUAUUCAAAUAUAUUCCAUUUUUUUAGGGAAAGGCACACCUUUCAAAUACUGGCGAAGAGGAGGACUCCUGGAGCUUUGAGCAUGAUAUUUUAACAACAAAUUGGUAUGUCAGAUUAUAACUUAGUUCCAACGGAAGAGAAAGAAAUGGCGGAAGCUUCAAAUUUUGAGUUACCAGAACUCGAUAGAGACGACUGGAAUAAGGUAAGAUUAUAGCAUAUAUGAAAUAACUGAAUGUAAUUCAUGUGCUUAUUUUGUUUUCUGUGUUGAUUCCCUGGGUGUCCUUUACAUAUAUAAGUAGAGCAGAAAAGGUUAUUUUAUUCCCGGAGUUUAUUGGAAAACGUUGUUUACAUAAAAAUUAACGCUUUAAAUGAUGUAUGUGAUCUGUUUAUAACCAUUAGUUAGCAAUGUGCCCAAGUGCACCCUUCCUUUGUAUUAUAUUAUGACUGUGUGAGGUCAGAUUAUUUUAGUCUGCAAUUUAACUUAUCAGUGUUAUGCACUUGUCAAUGUCUUCCCAAGGCCGGGAAUUUGUCACAAUAAUUUUAUGUUCCGUAUGCGGGGCAAUCUUGUUCCCCGAGCCUGCGAUCCUCGGGAAGGAACGUGAGGCUCUGGGAUAAUUCGUUGCCGGAAGCCAGGAAUCCUGGCUAAGAUUGCACUGCGCAUUCCAUAUCAACGGCCAAUCAGAUUCCUCCCUGAAACGGAUUAUCCCAGAGCCUCAUGUUCCUUCCCGAGGAUCGCAGGCUCGGGGAAGGAGAUUGUAUGCGGGGCUAUUUGACCGGAAAGAGUGUGGGUCUGGGAACUUGUUAGUGAGAAAGGUGGUGACCACUCACCAGUCAGUAUAAAGGAAAUUCAUUCCUGCAUCACGCUGUGUGGUGUUAUAGAUGAUCCGAUUACUGAUAAUACGCGAUUGUGGAAAAAUAAUCAAUUGAUCAAUUAAUCGGGAGAGGCUCUAGUAGUUGGUCUAUUUUGAUAUUAUAUAAUUAUGGUAGUUUAAAAUGUAUACAAGUGGAUUUUUCAACCCCCAGGUGGGGACAUUUGACAGUAUUUGUCCAAUACCUGUACAACUCAUUUUUAGAUAGGUAAUUUGACAAGGAGGUGAUCGAAAUUGUCAAAUUACCCACUAGGUAUGCUCGUCCUUGUACCCCUCAGGCAAAGAAAUUGACAAGUGCAUUAGGGAAUGGGUUAAUAACUAGCAUGCGAUACCCUUUCUCUGGUAGGAUGCAUCUACACUGCUAUCUAUUUCACUAUUAAAUCUACUCUUAUGAUCAGUGGCAUAUGCCAUACUGUAGCCUCCAUAGCCCACUGAAUGUGAUGAGUCAUGCUUCUUCAUGUCAAUAAAACACAUCUGCAAUGUGCAGGUUACACAGCACCUGAGCAGCCAUAUUUUGAAAUUGAUGCAUUUUUGCCUAUACUUCAGCUCAUAAUUUGGCACCUUUUGCCAUGUUUGUGCCCUCCAAAAAUUUCCCCCUGUGGGGGUGGGCAUGGUUCUCUAGCCCUCUCUGCCAGCACACCACUGCUUAUGGUAUAUUUCAUAUGAUAACAGCCCCACUCCAUUGUCAAUGGAUGAUUUAUAUUAUCCUCAAACAUUCAGGUUGAAGGUAAAGUUAAAGAUCUUGAUAUAUCAUGGAGCAGAGCUGUGGAUGAAGUCAAAGCAGAAAAGCUGAUUGAACAAAGCAACAAACCUGGUGGUGUUGAUCCUCUGUUGGUCAUAAUACGCGAGUGGCCACAGCUUCCAGAAUAUAAAGUGAACCGAAAGCUGAUACCCAGUUUAGAGUUUUUGGUAAGAAAUAAUAAUAAGCAUAAUUCUAAAGGCAGUUGAAGCAUACAAUUUGCAAUGGUUAUUGCUUCAUUAUACAGAAGGGACGCAGGGCUUGUCGGCUGCCUUCAUUGCUUUGAGGGCAAAUUGAGGCAAAGCAAAGGAAGAGCUUUCAUUGGUGAUAAUAAAAAAAAUUAAAUUCAAACUUUAGAUCAGUCGUUUGGCAGAGAUAAUUUUAAAAGGAGAUAAGAGUUAUGAAUUCUUUUUUGAUGAAGAAUGUGCUUGGGAACCCACAAUACUCCAUCGUGCUGCUGAACAGAAUUUUCUACAUGUCUCUCGGAUGUUGGUUGAGCGUUGGCCAUCCCUUAUGUACCAACCGAUAAAGGCGACGAUCGAGCCUGAAGAAAUGCCCAGUGUGUUACCUGUGGAGGUUGCCUUAGAAAAUUUCCAAGACGACACUGCUGCCUAUCUAAUAUCACAGAUGAAGUAUGAUCGGUAAGUGAUAACCUGUACUGUACCUCUAGGCAUGAAUAGGCCUGCACCACUGAUCUGAAAAGGACUGGACAGCGCAUUCUUUUUAGAUUCAAUAGAUACAUCAGGUUCCAAAUUAGGGAUUUCAUCAACUAAGGAUCAUGCUAUCUUGAAAACAAGGCUCUGUGCGAAACUGUAAUUUCAUGAAUUUAACAUUAAUUGAGCCAACCUGGUUCUGGUCUACAGCGUAAUUUGGAAGUGGUCUACUCACUGAACCGAUUUUGUAGCCAGAAUAUUUUUAAUGGGAUGAAUGGUAUUUCUAAGAGUAAGAAUAUUUUUAAUGACAGAGAUGAAAAUAUGAAAAUCCGUCUAUAUUUCUAACACCGCCAUUUGUGGGGUGCUGCCCUGUUCAGAUCAACAAUUGUAAGCAGUGAAUAUGUGACUUUUUGUAGCUACAGUUGUACAUAUAAUCAUGAAUUAAUUUACAGUAAGUUAAAUAUUUAGAAAAAUUGUUUUCAUAUCGUUUAGAUGUUUCACGUCGUUUACAAAAAAUACCCCCAAAAUGUCCAAUUUUAGUCUGCAUGAGAGAGGCUACUAACAGUACUUGGUACAGUAGGCACCUAGGCAGACAUUAAAUUUCUUUUUUGUUGUUUGAUAAAAGCGUCCAAGAACUCUUUCUCACCUGCAAAGAAAGUGGAGAAAAAUCAAAGUUAUUUUUUGGAAAAUACAUCAGCUAUCGUAAUCCUAGGACAAACGAAUAUGGAAUGAAGGUAGGUUUUUUAUGCUGAAUUAAUUUUUGAGGGGAAAAUUUGAGCAAUAUGCCAUGAGUAAAAGUCAUAUGACUCAUAUUUUUACUGUCGUAAAAUGGGUGUGUGUUAAUCAUCCUUACAGUACUUGCAGCCGAGAGCUGCUCCAAGCAGGAUUACGACUUUCAAUUGACAGUUUUCACAUAAGUGUCAUGGGUCUGCAGCAGGAAUUAAACCAACGAACUCACAGGUGAAAGAACCUUGCUUUGAUGGCCUAACCAUCGUAGACGUAGUCUCCAAAGUUUAACAGAGUUCUCCUCGCAUAUCUUUGGUGUCAAAAUAAAAAGAUAGUUUUAACCACUUCAACGUUUUUCACCUAGUAAGGGGCUUUACUGUGUUUCCAUUUUGACAGAAAACAGUUCUAGCGGUAUUAAACAAACUGAUGGACCCCCAUUGGCCAUAUCUUCCCAAACGUGAAGAUCGGGAAGAUGAUAACAAGUAUAAGAUACAGCAAGCAUUGGAAAGUGUUCCUAACGAUCCAUUGAGCUAUGAUUUCUAUUAUCACAUCCUUGAAACUGAUGAAAAUGGAAGAGUGCCCGACAACAAAGUAUUUAACCAGAAAUCUGUAUCGUGCCUUCGACGUAUUGCUGACAGUGAUAAUAAGGUACAGUACUUGCCAGAUUAUUGACAAUGAUGAUAUAUUGAUAAAUGAACUGAACUACAGUAAAUUUAAACUGAAUUGAGCUGGAGUGAACUGAACUGGACUUAGACUGAACUGAAGUGGUCUGGACUGGACUGGACAUGGACUGAACUGGACAUGGACUGAACUGAACUGAGCUGGUGUGGACUGGACUGGACAUGGACUGAACUGAACUUUAUCUUUCAUAGGAAGCUAUGCAACAUCCAGUCGUUCGAAUGUUGGUCGCAAAGAAAUGGAAUGGAUUUGCCCACGAGCUCUUUUGGUAAGAAUGGCAUUCUACAUACCAUCACAUACCCUACUGUAUCAUAUCCUACCACACUAUACCAUACCAUAUAAUCUUGAAAUGUCCUUGCCAGUGUAGGUAGUGCCAAUCAAAUGAGCAAGCUUUCGUUGAUAGGGAUGCAACUACCUGAAAAUAUAUACAGGUAAGGAUAAUUUGGACGUUUUGACGAUCGCUCAGGUAACUGCAUGACUUGCAUCCCUACCAACGAAAGUUUGUUCAUACCAUACCCAACUAUACCAUACAUACUACUAACAUUCAUGUUCUCUUUGUGCUAGCAUUAAGGCCGCGUUCUACUUGCUAUUUUUUGGGUUAUUGUCGUUUGCCCUCAUCUACGGCUCUACUCGUAACGAUCCAACGCAGUACGACGGGCCUGCUGAUAAAUUUCGAGUGAUCUGUGAGAUCUGUAGCAUCGUUUUUCUUAUGGUACAGUUGUUUGAUGAGAUUGGUGAAAUGGCAAGGUUUGUCUAUUAAAUGGCUAACGAAUUUAUCCCAUAGUUUAAACACCCCCAUCCCCGCCAGAACGGAUCUUUUACCUCGGAUUUUGUCGUUUCAACCUUUUAAAAUGGGCUUAUAGAGCCCCCCCCCCCCUUAUAGGUUGAUAUCCAUGGAUUUGCUCAGCCUCGUACCCAGGCUCUUUAGUAAUUAAUAGCGUUUAGAGCUCUGGGUGAGCCCAAGAUUCCCCGCACGCCUAAAAGCUCACCCAGAGCUCAGAACGCUAUUAAUUACUAAAGAGCCUGGGUACGAGGCUGGGCUUUGCUUGUCAGUGGAAGAGUACUGCCAGUUCAUCAGUUAAAAAAACUGUCUGCCAGUGUCUCUUGUUAUCCUUUAGCUGGCAAUGUGCCCAAAUGCGCUUGCUUUAGCAUGUUACUCUGUCUAACACCAAAAGCAGAUUAGUUUAACCCCGGUCUGAUGAUAAAGUUCAAGGCAAACUCCCCAACAGCUUGUUUAUAAACAUGAGAGCAUUUUUCAAAAAUCUUGUGUGUAUCAAAUUUAAUGUGCAGACGUACAUGUAUACUGUAGUACAUAAACUAAAAUAGUGGGUUUAAUUUUAAUCAGCCAAUGCCUCUUGUUAACUCAUUAACUGGCAAUUCACUCAGAUAUGCCUACUGUAAGUAUUUUACUCUGUCUUACAGUACACCAGACAAUUUUACACUCGUCAGGAAGCGCACUGUCAAUUAUUAAUGGGGUUCAUGUUUUCAUUGUCUUACAAAAUCAUUUUCUUUACAGAGAAGGAAGAGCUUAUUUGAAAGUCCGUUCCAACUACAUUGAUUUACCCGGUAUUUUCCUGACACUUCUUGUCAUUCCUCUUCGUUUCGCCGAAGUUAAAUCUCAAUGGGGUUUUGCUGCGAUUGGUUAUUUAUUCAAUUUUCUACGACUCUUCAAAUUUUCCAAUGUUGCAAGGUAAUUUUGGGCUCCUUUACUAAUUUAAACGCCACGUAACGAGGCCUAUGGCGGCCACUCAUGACAUAUUCUUAUCCUGAUAAUAUUUGUCCUUUCCCGCCAGCAACUAGAAUUCUAGUAACGGAGAGAAACUCUUUAAACGCACUCAAUUUCCUCAUGAAAUUAUUGUUUUGUUUUAUAGAAUCACGGGUCUUUAUACCACAACUCUUGUGAGAAUAAUCCAAAAAGACAUCACACGUUUUUUGGUGUUCUUUUCUGCAAUAUUGAUUGGAUUUUGUGGAGCAAUGUUUCUGGCUUUGAAAGUAAACGAUGUACAGGAUUCUUACAGGUUAGUAGAACAUUUUCGUGAUUGAUUUUGAGUUCUGGUAUAAUGGUGAUAGUGAUGGGAUGUUUUUAUUUGCUGUAAUGGCUGAUUUGCCUGAUUAUGCAUUUCAGCCCCGGGGUUGAACUCAACCAUGUUGACCGGGCUGAAAUCUACGUCCUGUCCUACUAUAAAAUCCUUUCUAAAUCAAAAGCGUGAUUACACGGCGAAAUUCAGCCACGAGGCUGUGUUCAACAUCGGGGUUGAAAUAUCAGCCCUGCUUAAGCUACCCGAGCUGAAAUUUCAGACCCUGGCUUGCCAUGUAAUCGCCUCACCCUAGGACUAAGGUUAUUCGUGCGCUAUAUACGAUUUAUUUAAUAUUUUUCUUUCUAGCUUUUUUUCGUGUUACCUAAUGUCCACACGCAUUAACCCCAGUGCUGAAAUCGUCCAUUUAGCUGGAAAAAGAAAUUCGUUUUGGCUGACAAAGCCCCAUGUAAUCCAAAAAUUUUUUGAGUUGGCUGAAAAAGCCCCAUGUAAUCAACCCGUAAUGAUAAUGAUAAUGAUAAUGUUGUUUGGUGUUGUUGUUAGGCGUUCAUAUAGAUUUGUCGUUAACGUUGUUCAAAUCUAUUUAACUACAUUUAGCUUUCCUUGGGUAAUGUUGGGUGGUAUCAAAGUUCUUGUUGAGGGGGAAACGCUGGAAGAAGAAAACGGCAAAGAGUUUGGGUAACUUGCUAUAUUUAUGCCGGAAUGUAAUUUUAUACAUACUUUUAAACUGUUCUCCGUAUGGUCAUUGCCCCCUCUUACUCCUCGAGUGUAACUGCAUCCUCGGUCCGAGGGCUUCUCGGCCGUCUGUGCUGCCAGCCGAGGCGCCCUGGAUACGAGGAGGAUGUUACAGUACUCGUCGAAGAGAAUCUUCAGUUCUCCAUAGGAGAAAACGUGCAAGGUCGGUGGAUAGAGUCAAUCUUCUUACAAACGAGUGAGGCAAAAUUCAGACAACAGCAUGUUAAUUACUGGGAUAAUUGUGUUGUACAUCCUUACAGAGCAGCAUAUGGUGGUCUACUUCAGAAAUGUUGACGCUUAUAGGACCAAGAAAAUUCAACUAAAUAUCCCAAAAUUUGAAGAAAGAGAGAAAAGAAAACUAAGAACGAAAACAAGAAAGAAAACAAAACUAUAUCUUUUAGUUCCAUUUACUGGCCUUUGAUACAGGAAAGCUGCAGGUUGGCCACCAUUUGCUGCGUGAUAGUACAUUAUGCUCAGGGAAACCCACCAAUUUACACCCACGUUUUAUCUAACUACGAGCUAUACAAAUUUGUUGAUGGUAAUUGGCGUUACAUUUAUCCGCUUUCAGCUGGUUUGCGGUCGCUAUUCUUCUAGUCUACAUGGGGAUCGUGAUGGUGAUUCUGUUAAACGUUCUCAUCGCCCAACUCAGCUAUACGUUCGGUGAAUCAAUGAAGAUGGCAAGACUGCAAUACGCUGCUGAUAAUAUGCGAAUUAUCACUCGUACGGAGAACAGUCGAUUCCCGUGUUUGGUAAGCGAAACCCAUUGAACUCCGUAUAUAAUCUGGAGUCAGAACUUCUCAAGUAAUUCGCUAUGUUUUUAUUGAAGAAUUUCAGAGUUAAGAAUUAUAUUGAAGGUGACUAUAUCAGUGAGGAAGACUUGGCGAAAGGUACUUGCAAGGAUCGGAUAUUACUGUAUUUUGUAGUGUUAUCUAAGACUUGAGCCUGUAGUUAGUGUGUCAGUGUUUACCUUUUGAAUCGCUCCAGUCCAGAUAGACAAAUGGGUCAAUAUACUAAUUGGUAAUGGUUUGUCAAGCUAUUCCGUUGCUCUAUUUCCUAAAUGCUUGUCUUUUUUGAAGAAUUAUUAGAGUUCACGGAAGACAGGCAUCCUUGGGAGACAGCGGAAGAGAGGAUUAUCGGUGUGAGGUAUUUCCGCUUUACAAUUCUACAUGCAGAACACUUCCUUGAGUUCUUGCAUUAACAUUAUAUGCGGUGUUUGGUCCGUACAUAUUUUAAGAUUUUCAAUUAUAUACUUCCAUUGUAUAAUAUUUUCUGCUUCCAGAGAGACUAUGCGAAGAGUAGUGAAAGGCGAAGAAACGGAUCCUUGGGAAACUAUUGACGAAAAACUAACUACUCUGACGUGAGUAAAUUUGGCGAUACUACUAUUACGUAAAAUGAAAAAACUGAUCAUUAUUUUCUUACUUUGAAAACUGUAGGUUGACCAUCAUUUACCGCAUGGCAGUGCUUAGUGAAACCCAUCUUUAUUUUAACAAAAUCUCUAACAAUUUAUGUACAUUGAUUGAUUUAGUUUAUCGGAAAAGGAAACAAGAGAAUCCAUUUAUGAAAAACUGACGUGA